ACCGCCCCCAAGAGGUCAUCUCUGGUCAAUACAUCAGCAUGCUGGUGAAGGAGUACCGGAUCUGCAUGCCCCUCACCACAGAGGAGUACAGAAUCGGGCAGCUGUAUACCAUCAGCAGGCACAGCCACCAGGAGAGCGAUCGGGGAGAGGGUGUGGAGGUCAUGGAGAACAGAUCGCACCACGAUCCUGUCUAUGGAGCCGGGCAGUACACAGAGAAGCGGGUCCACCUCUCUAGCAAGCUUCCAGGAUGGGCCCGGGCGGUGGUUCCCAGGAUGUUUUACGUCUGCGAGAAGGCCUGGAAUUAUUACCCCUACACCGUGACAGAAUACACAUGCUCCUUCCUCCCGAAGUUCUCCAUCCACAUCGAGACGAGGUAUUCUGAUGACUGCGGUGACAACGACAGUAUCUUUCCUUCGGACUCGGCAGAAGAUUCCCAUGAAGUGACCCAUCUGGACAUCGCGUACGACGAGAUCCCGGAGAGAUACUACAAGAGUUCCGAGGAUUUGAGGCAUUUUGUCUCCAGCAAGACGGGCCGAGGGCCUCUUCAGGAGGGCUGGAGGUGCCAGUCAAAGCCCAUUAUGUGCUCCUACAAAUUGGUUAAUGUCAAGUUCGAGGUGUGGGGCCUUCAGACACGUGUCGAGCAUUUUGUGCACAAGGUUAUUCGGGACCUGCUGAUCGUUGGCCACCAGCAAGCCUUUGCAUGGGUGGACGAGUGGUAUGGAAUGACCAUGGAGGAGGUUCGAGAGUACGAGAAGGAGACACAGGCCGCCACCAAUGAGAAAAUAGGACCAGUUGCCCCAACCAUUACCAUUACUGCAGAAAGCCAGUGCCCAGCUAUCCGUAGCGCCCCCGCCACCCCCAUCACCGGAGAACCUCCAGAAUUUCUCACCCUGCCCAAAGAAAGACCACGCAAGACCUCUGCCCCGGACACACUUACUCUACCAGAACUCAGAGAACGAGCCAACGGACCUUCCAAUCACCACUCGCCCAACAACACUGACAGCUGAAACCAACGGGUGGAGUCUUUUGCUUCACUCCCAAAAGAUGGGCUGCUCAUUCCCAACUCAUGGGAAGUCCCAAAAACGAUCCUCAUGGACUCUGACAUGAAGAAGUCAACCCUACGAUGGAAUAGACACUGACACAAAGGUUGCGUACCUUGACUUAGGCAGAAGGAGAGUUGGCUUCUUCUCCUUCAAGCAGGAAAGGGAACCUCCAAAAUACUAAAGUGAAACCUUUGAUCCGUCCGGCCAUGUAUUUGCUGUAGCAGAGUCCGAAAACAAAGUACGAAGAAGAUGUCUAGUGUCGAGUCAUUCAGAACUUGUAAAAUUUAAAGCUGUAAAACACCUAAAAGGGGACUAAAUCGUGCGGUGGCUUCACAGCCCUACUCCUCCAGUCAGUUU